CUCCCCCUCAGACUCUCUCUCUCUCUCAUUCUCUCUUCCUCUCUGAUUCUCUCUCUCUGACUCUCCCUCUCUGAUUCCCUCUCAGACUCUUUGAUUCCCUCUGUCUCUCUUCAUCUUUUUCCUUUCUCACCUCUUGUUCCUCUGUCCCCCACACAGUUUGUCUCUGCCCUGUCUGACACACACACACUUUCCUCCUCACACUUCUUUCUGGUUUCCUUUGCUCACACUUUCUUGAUUGUGCCUUGCUUCUCCUCCUCCUCUCUUCUCUGUCCUGAUUUGCGUCUCUCCCCACACAGGUCUUCUUUAUUCCUCUCAUCGUGCUCCUCAGAACUACCCUUUAUUUCACACACACACUUCUCCUGUUUCUCCCAGAAACCAUGCGCUUGUCUUUCUUCACCUUCAUCCACCCCAACCCCACCUGUCUGGCUUCCGGUCCUGCGGCUCUCACCCUCUCUGGAAGCUAAUCUCCUUUCCUCAGGACUUACCCCACCUCACAUUCUCCUCCCCCUGCGCUGCACUCUGCCGCGUCGCCUACCGGGUCCCUUUGCUCCCCAGGAGGCAUGGGGGGCGGGGCGUCCCGGAGCCUGGAGCUUCGGGCUCCGACUGGUUCCCACAGCAGCUCUGACCCGAGGGCCGCUCUGGGGCACCGUGUGGCGCCCCCCCCCCCACCCCCGCACGCUGGUUGACACCCCGCGCCCUCUUCCCUCCCUCGGCUCCUCUGCCUCUCCUCCUGCCCCUUCGCCUCCAGCUUCUUUUCCUUCCUCCCCCCGUCCUUCUGGUUGUAGUCAGGGAGCGCCUCUUUUCCUUCUGCUUUCCGCUUCCCGUCCCCUUCUCCCCUCUGUCCUCCUGUCUCUGUCCCUCACACAGACACGGGGUCCAUGGGGUCUCCUAUCUGCCCCCGCCCCCCGUCUAACCACACUCCGAUUCGGCUUUUCCUGUACCUUCUUUUCAUCGAUUCUUUUACUCUUCUCUCCUUCGUCUUCUCCCCAACUCGCCUUCACCGCCAGGGCCCUUCCCGCCAUUCCGUCUCUAACCCACUUUCCGGGACAGUUCCCCACGCCCCAACUUUCCUUGACCAUUUUUCUGCCUCUUCACGCCCCCGAGCGCCUCGCCCACCCUCUCCGGUCUCCCCGUCUCUCUUCCUUCCACAUCUGCCCCCCCACCGUGGGCUGCACCCCCGCCGCCUCCCACGGCCGGGAGGCCCCUCUGGCACCCACGGGGCGGGCCGGGCGUCCCCGCGAGUUGGUGACACACGUCUCCUGCCUCUGAACAAACGGCCCCGUGAUUUGCGUUUCACACGUCACGAAACUCGUGUCACGUCCUGCCCGCUCCGGGGACCAGGAGCCCGCCGGCGUCUGCGGCUUCUUGCGCCCCGGGACGGGGGGGGGGGGGGCACUGCCCGCGCCCGGGACCGGCGUCUCCUCGCGGGAGGCGGACGCCCUCCCUUCCCUCUUCUGCAGUUCUGGUGCCGUCGCACCCCCCCCCCCCGCCCCGUCUCCUUCCCCGCCCGCUCCCGCCCCGGCCCGCGGGCUCGGCGCGCUCUCGUCUCCCCCGCCGUUUCCCCCGCCGUCGCGCCUUUCUCUCCCUGGGCGGCGGCCGGCGCGCAGGAGCGGGCGGGCUCUCGGCGGCCGGGUGUGAGCCCCGCGCGCGCGCCUCCCGCCCUUCCCGCGGCCCUCGCUGCAGGCUUUCCUCGUCUCCCGCCGCCUCUCCCCGGCUUCCCUGCUCCUCCGCCCCGGGCCCGGGCCUCCGGGCGCGCGCGCUCUGGCCGCUCUUCCCGCCCCCGUCUCCCUCCGCCGCCUUCCGCGCACCCCUUCUCCUCCUCGCGCUCUCCCGCGGUGCGGUCCCGCCCCCGCACUACACCCCUCACUCCUCUCAGUUCGGGCUUCGGCGCUUUCCUCUCAAUUUUCUUCCACGUCUCUCUCACCUCCUCUCCCCGCCCCUCCCUCACACCCCUCCUUUCUCGGCCUCCCCCCGCCUCUGCUCUUCUCUUUCCUGCCGGCCCGCUCGCACGCUCGCGGUCUCUCCACACUCCCGUAUUCAUUUUUCUCCUUUUCUCUAUUUCCCGCCUGCUGUGUUCCCUUCCUCCGCUUUCCUUCCUUCUGCCAGCUCUGCUCUCCUCCCCUGUCCCGCUCGGCUUUGGCCUUUGCAUCCGGGCCGCCAGCAAGCUCUCCGCUCCUUGCUUCCCCCUUUCUCUCCCUUUCCUUCCCCUCUCCCCUCCCGCCGUCUGGGCCUUCUUACCCCGUCUGCCUGGGCUGCUCCCGGGCCGCUCCUCCGCCCGGCCUUCCAUUUCCAACUCCGUCCCAUCGUCUCUCUCCCUCCUUCUCCUUCCCCCAGCCUCGCUCUCCCCGCCACGCUCUCCUUUCCUCACCCCUCUCCGCCUGCUUCGAUCGGGGCCGCCCCCCACCCCAGCCUGUCUUCUCUCUCAUCUCUCGCUUCCUUUUCCCCUCUCCUCAUUCCUUUUUUUCCCCCCUACACUUUCUCUUCAUCUUUCCUCUUUGCUCCCCUGUUGCUCAUCUCCAUCCGUUCUCUCUCCCCGCUUCUCUUCUCCGCCCCCCUCCAGUCUCUCUCACUCUUUCCUUUCUCUCCUUUUUGAAUCUGUCACCUCUUCUCUCCUCCCAGACUUCUCCCCUCCACUGGCCUCCUUUCCUCUGCACCUUGUCUUCCAGUGUCAGGGAGGCCCCUCCAGGCUCUGCCAGCCACAUCUUCAGCAUGAGCUCCGAGCUCCUCUCCCUUUGCCUCUCCUCCUUCCCUCUCCCUUCCUCAAGUUCGGAGCUGACAUCCUCCCAGGGAUCAGUGCAGCCUGGAACAGGGCUGCCAAGCCAGGCCUUCCCACCCCCACCCCACCCCCGAGGGUGGAAGGGCCUCUGUGACACCCAUUUUCUCUCUUUUCUGUCUGUCCUGGAUGCUGCCCACUGCCUGGAGGAAGGACGCCUGCCCCCAGCCUAGGAAGGAGGAAAUGAGGAGCUGGCUCAGAGAUAGGGAGUUGCCUAAAGACACUUGCACGAAGCAUGGAGCAUGGGAGGACUUCACCUGAAUCCCGUUUCGCAGUUGGGAACAUAGGCACCCGUGUUCCUGAAGUCCAGCACCUGCUAAGACAGAGGCUUCAUGGGAACCCCAACCUUCUCAAGGGCCAAGAGCACACCCUGAAAAGCUCUAUUCUUCAGAGAGAGGGUCCACAUGGGCCUGACCUCCCCAGAGUACCCAGCCCAGCAUGCUGUGGGCCUGAGGGGCAUUCUCAAGCAGGGUGAACUCUUUUAUCGCCACCUACUGAUAGAGGACGGAACUGUUACCAAGCUGUAUUAGACACCGGGAAUGGUCUCAAGCAAAACUCUGCAAAAAUGAAAAUUUUUACUCCUGGUCAAUAUGGUAUGGUACCCAGCAAGCUUCAUAGCGUGCCAACGUACACCUCCAGACUGACUUCGUGUUUUCAAGUCAUCCUAUGGCUGGCUUCUCCUCUGCAUUGCCACGGAAAUGCAUACGUGACCACUGUGGGAAACUAAGGAAAGUGGGAUUUGCUUUACAGUUUGCUUGGGAGCCUAUUUCUAGGAAUCGGGCCAAAUCGAGUUUUUCUUUGUAAUGACACCAUUAUGCCUUGCUGACUGGGAGGUGGGUGCAGGCAAAGAUGAAUGACUGACAGCUAAAGAGGCCUCAGGGAUUAGUCCCCGAUUCUCACCAUGGCGUCUCUCUGAUGGGUUAAAUAAAGACGCCUAUAGAACUCCUUCCAAAAGCCACCUGCUACAGUGCACAAUUUGGGAUAGUAAAGUCUUCAAAUACUAAAGUUAGCCUUAUAUAUUUUAAAAGAUUGCCUGUCCUAUAACUGCGCUAAGUAUACCUAAAUGACCAUAGGAAAUGCUGGGCUGGGGAAAAGGGUUUCCUAAAUGCCAGAGAGCAGUAACGUUUUGUGGGGCAAAGAAGCGCAUCCAAAGGGUGAGGCAGGAAACUGGAGAGGGAGGCCGUCCUUUCACUGAGCAUUUACCUUGCAGGUGCUCUGACAUCUUAGACCACAGGUCAGGAGGCCGGGGGAAAGGCACAGGAGGGAGACAGUGGGCACUGAGCUCUGUGGAGAUGGAGAAGGAGAGACAGAGGGGGCAUAGAGGGGGAUAUCUGAGGGACUCAUUGAGGUUGGGAGGUGCUCCUCAGUGAGGCUGAAAAAGAGGAACAGACUGGAAACUAACACACCUCCAAAGCCAGGCUGAGGGGCUGGGACUUUGCCCUGAGGGCACUGGGCAGCCAUGGGAGGGUUAGGAACAGAGGAGGAGUGGGGAGGGGGCAGCUUUGGUGUCAGAAGUCCCCCCACAAGGCCAGGGAGGAGGCUGGGCUGACAGGUCCAGGUGGGGAAGGAUGAGGUCAGGGCUGGGGCCAUGGGGGACAGGACAAGGGGUGAGGCAGGAAGGAACAGCAGAGUCGGGCACUGCAGUGCUCCAGCCUAUGAGGCCAAGCAGAUGGUGGCACCACUUACUGGGUAGGAUUCCUGCAGGAGCUCCAACUGGGGGCGGAUGGGUGGCAGAGACUCUCCGGGCAGCACUGCCUGGGGAAGGAGCCAUGGGUCUGGAGACCAGGAGGGGAGUCUGAGCGGGAGAUGGAUUUGAGGAUAGUCGGCAAGAGGGGCUCCAGCGUGGAUGGGAGGUGCCCGACACUGCCCCAGCAAGUCCUCCUCUGGCAGCAUGUCCUGCAGACAUACGUGCACGUGUGCACACGGGGAUCCCUGCAGCUCUGCUUGCAACAACCCGACGGUCCCUCCACGUGGACCAAUGAUGUCACCUCCGAGCCAGCCACAUCACAGAAGGAUGCACUUUACAGCCAAGAUGGAAACCUCUCCAACUCAGAGAGAGAG